CGGUCUUGAAAUAACUCGGUGUUUCCAUGAGCGAGGCAAUUUCGUGUACAAGCUUUUCAAGGCGGUUCACCUAGGACCGUAAAACACCGAUAUAAUGAAAGCACGCGAGAACGCAUAAAUAUGAGCAGGUGUCUGAUAGACCAGAGGCAGGUGCUGUCCUUCAUAGAGAGGUGUAUGCUGGCUGUAGGUACCAAGCCCAAUCAUGCCAGGAGUCUAGCAGAGGUAUUAGUGGAGGGCGACCGAAGGGGACAUUACAGCCAUGGGCUCAACAGGAUGGACAUGUACGUGAAGGACAUCCAGCAUGGAGUCUGUGCCAAGGAUGGGGAGCCGGCGGUGGAGAAGGAGACUGUGGCUACGGCUUUGGUGGAUGGCAAGAACUUGCUGGGUCCUGUUGUGGGCAACUUCUGCAUGGAUCUGGCCAUCAGGAAGGCUCAGAAUGUGGGCAUCGGCUGGGUGGUGGCCCACGGCUCCAACCAUUAUGGCAUCGCUGGAUAUUACUCAAUGCAAGCCCUGGAUGCCAACAUGAUUGGGAUGUCAUACACAAACACCUCUCCACUUGUUGUCCCCACACGAGCUAAAGAGUGCACGCUGGGCACCAAUCCCAUCAGUGUGGCCGCGCCAGCCAACAAUGGGGACAGCUUUGUAUUGGACAUGGCCACGUCUUCAGUGGCUCUGGGUAAGAUUGAGCUCCAUGAGCGACGUGGGGACAUUAUCCCAGAGGGCUGGGGCUGCGACUCUCAGGGUAGACUCAGCACAGACCCCAGAAAGGUGCUCAACGGAGGGGGACUUGUGCCUAUUGGCGGCUGUGAGGCCACAGGUGGGUACAAGGGUUUUGGCCUCGGCAUGAUGGUGGAAGUCUUUUGUGGCAUGCUGGCCGGCUCCCACUACUCCCAAAACAUCCGCACAUGGAAGGUCACCGACAGAGCAGCAAACUUGGGUCAGUGUUUUGUGGCGGUAAAUCCAGCUAACUUUGCACCUGGUUUCAAUGACAGAAUGUCUGAUAUCCUGUCUCUACACAGAGGACUAGAGCCAGCUGAGCCAAGCUGUGCUGUCCUUACCCCUGGGGAUCCUGAAAGAAUACAAAUCAUCAAGUGUCAGAAUCUAGGAGGUAUUCCUUACCACCUCAGUGUGGUUAAAGUUAUGGGGAACCACCACCUCGGUCCUCCACUCCUUAGGCACUGUCACUGUUGCUGAAGACCCACACCCAGGGGCACAGCGGAAGGCUGUAACCCCCGAAGACCACCUGGAAGGGGGUUAGUCCUGUGGAGGAAUGACGGCAGGGAAUUCUGGGCCUACUCUGCCCAGGGGAGAAAACGGGGGAACCUCCCAGCUCUUGAAUGAAAUGCUCCACCCGCCCACUAGCAUGGGGAUUGUACCCGGACGUGAGGCUGACCGCAACCCACAGCUUGGACAUGAAGGCCUUCCACUCCCGGGAUAUAAACUGUGGGCCGGAAGUCCAUGCAGCCAGAAAACCUGAUGAAACAGCACCUCAGCAAACUGGAGUACAGAGCGGAGGCCGGGUAGUGGGACGAACCAGAUCCACUACCACAGCAAUAGUAGCAUUCCCCUCUGAUGGUGGUAGGUCCGUUAGGAAGUCCACUGAGAUGUGGGACCAGGGUUGCUGAGGUACUGUGAGGGCAUGGAGAAGGACCCAUCUGCGUCUCUUUCAUCUGCUCUCAUACGUUGCAUGAAAGGAAGUCAUGUCGCACAGUCCGUCCCAUGCCAGUCCACCAAUAUUUCUCCUGGAAUGCUUCCAGGGUCCGGGUGUUGGCUGGGUGUUCCGAUCGCUGGUGUGGUAUGCACCCAGGUCACCAAACAGCCCUGCACUCUCCUGUGCAUGUAGGUCUUCCCCAGGGGGCACGUUGCUGGAGCAGGGUCCCGUCUCCCAGCUCGUCAGAUGUCCCAGGAGAUGGGACCCACGAUGUAGGAGGCGGGCAGGAUAGUUGUGUCCCUCGAGAGUUCUGCCACCCAGUUGUGCAGAUGUGCGCGCACGUCCGCCUUGAUGUUCUUCAUUCCUAGUCAGUACGUCAGGAUGAACUGGAAGCUCUUGAAGAACAGGGUCCAGCGAGUUGAGGCGCUGUGCAGCCCUGACAUGUUCCAAGUUCCAGUGGUCAGUCAAGACUGUGAAUGGCUCCCGGGCGCCCUCUAGCCAGUGUCUCCACUCCUCCAGGGCCCCCUUCACCACCAGUAUCUCAUGGUCACCCACAUCAUAGUUCCUCUCCGCAGCAGACAGUUUCUUUGAGAUGUAGGCACAGGGAUGGAGAAAACCUGAUGCAUUCUUAAAACCUGAUGCAUUCUUACUGUUAAAGGAAUGAGUCCCAUUGUUUGGAUGUGAGAAUGAAUGAGUUACUAGUUAGAGAUGCUAACAGGGGGAUCGGGUAUUUGUCCUAGGGGGGCAUUCUCUGACCGGCACCAGUAGGCUGUAGGGUUAAUCAUCUGCCGACCUGUAGGUUGUCUAGAUGCUUUAAGUUUCUCUCAAGGGAUGAGAAAGUUAAC